CAUCCUUGAGUAGGGAAAGCUCUCUCCUUUCAUCAGUGGUGCGAGUCAAGGCACCGGGGGCGAUUUCGGAACAUCAUAAAAGGACAGCACACGCUCCCUCCACGUCACACUCUCUCUCUCUGACUCAGAGCACAUAUCUUCAAUAACGUCGCGACAGCUCGCUCGAGAUCGGAGUAGCAGGUCAAGUGCUGGUGAUCCACAAUUCGUGUUCACUCUAAAUGGGGAGCAACAAUUUCGUGGACGGUGUUCGUCGCUGGUUCCAUCGUCGCUCGUCCACGACUGUCCCAAACAACCAGCACAACCAUCCCGACCAAAAUAGCGGCAACGGUUACCGCAACUCCCGUUGUGGGAAGCGUCACGUGUCCUUGAGCGAAUCUCACGCUCGAUCCCCGAACGGUGGGGGCGACGCUAGCGAAAGCCGGGAACAAAAGGGGAAUCUCGCGAUCGUUGGGGAUUUUGGCAUCUCCGGACUGUCUCUGAUCAAAGUUCAUAAACGGACCCACUUCAAUAUGGCUGCCGAUUCUCAGAAAAAGGGAACUCCUGAAGCAGAUUUUUUUACGGAGUACGGUGAAGCUAGUCAAUAUCAAAUUCAAGAAGUUAUUGGGAAAGGAAGCUAUGGUGUGGUUGGUUCUGCUACCGAUACCCACACUGGAGAAAGAGUCGCAAUUAAGAAAAUCAAUGAUGUUUUUGAGCACGUUUCUGAUGCCACUCGCAUUCUCAGAGAAAUAAAGCUCCUUCGGCUGCUUCGUCAUCCAGAUGUUGUGGAAAUCAAGCAUAUCAUGCUUCCUCCCUCACGGCGGGAAUUCAGGGACAUAUAUGUUAUAUUCGAGCUGAUGGAAUCAGAUCUUCACCAAGUUAUUAAGGCGAAUGAUGAUCUUACCCCUGAGCACUAUCAGUUUUUCUUGUACCAGCUUCUUCGUGGUCUAAAAUAUAUUCAUGCCGCUAAUGUUUUCCAUAGAGAUUUAAAACCGAAAAAUAUUCUUGCUAAUGCUGAUUGUAAAUUAAAGAUCUGCGAUUUUGGGCUUGCCCGUGUAUCCUUCAACGACGCUCCAUCAGCUAUAUUCUGGACCGAUUAUGUUGCAACUCGGUGGUAUCGAGCUCCGGAACUCUGUGGUUCUUUCUUCUCCAAAUAUACCCCGGCGAUUGAUAUUUGGAGCAUAGGAUGCAUAUUUGCGGAAAUGCUCACAGGAAAACCGCUAUUUCCGGGGAAAAAUGUGGUGCAUCAACUGGAUCUGAUGACUGAUUUGCUUGGCACUCCUCCUCCUGAAGCCAUUGCAAGGAUUCGGAAUGAAAAGGCUAGAAGGUACCUUAGUAACAUGCGGAAGAAACAACCUGUUCCUUUCAAACAAAAGUUCCCUAAUGCAGAUCCACUGGCUCUUCGCCUGCUGGAGCGCCUUCUUGCAUUUGACCCUAAAGAUCGUCCGACUGCUGAAGAGGGACUAGCUGAUCCUUAUUUUCAUGGUUUGGCCAAUUUGGAUCGUGAACCAUCCGCUCAACCCAUCUCAAAACUUGAGUUUGAGUUCGAGAGAAGAAAACUGACGAAAGAUGAUGUCAGAGAGUUAAUUUACCGUGAGAUAUUAGAGUAUCAUCCUCAGAUGCUCCAGGAGUAUCUUCGUGGAGGAGAUCAAAUAAGCUUCAUGUACCCAAGUGGUGUUGAUCGAUUCAAGCGACAGUUUGCCCAUCUGGAGGAGCACUACGGUAAAGGCGAAAGAAGCAUGCCAAUCCUAAGGCAAAAUGCUUCAUUGCCGAGGGAGAGAGUUUGCGAACCUAACAAUGAUGGCGAGAAUCCAGGUGCCUCUGUUGCCACCAGCCCUUCAAAGGCAGCGCAGCAGUCUAAUAAUUUGGGAAAUCCAAAUUCCGAUGCGCAACAUGAUCCCAACCAACCAAAUAGUACACGUUGCUUAUUGAAGAGUGCCAGCAUCAGUGCUUCCAAGUGCAUUGGCGUUCAGGGAAGAGAAACCGAGCAUGAGGAGGCUGAAGUGAAUGAUGAGGCUAUUGAUGGGUUGUCUCGAAAGGUCGAGGCUCUCCAUGCUUGAUGACUUCAACUCCAUUCAAGAAAGGGAUCACCGACGAGUUCGUGUCCGGUGGCUAUCACCAUAGAAUAAUGCUCAACAUUUGUCACAGUUCACGAUCCCUUUUCCUGCAGGUAGACCUACAAAUAUAAGUUUGUCCAGGUUAACCUUUUCAUUCAGCAUUCUAGCAUGAAGUGGAGACGUUCUUUUGUUCCGUGAAUCGCUGGCUUUGUUAUUGAACUAUAAAAUUGUGCGGUUUUGUUUUUGCAGCGCUCUGCCUGACGGAGAAGUUUUUGAUAUUAAGGUAGAGAAUUUUGCGUAAGAAUCCGUAGACGUGCUUUGGCUGUCAUGUGUAUUAGUUUCCUAUUGACAAUUUGUUGGAGCCCUUACUUGUACAUAUGGAUAAAUCAGUUGAUUUACAAAGUUAAUCCCUUUUUUCAUCA